AUGUUUAUACGACACAGGAUACGACUCUUUAGCUAUAGUUGUGGCAGACUGACUCAGGAAUAUAACAAAACUCUACUCUCAAAAUCACUGGGCGUGAAAACUGACUCCGGUUCGAUAACAAGAUGCACGGUCUACGAUGCUACGGGCAACGCUUCAAGUGUGUCCUCAAGGACACUUAAAAAUGAACUGCUGUUGAAACACGAACUGCUGCCUAGAGACCUGAGAAAGAUAGAUAAAGGAUACGAUGACAUCGUUCCAGCCAUUUUAAUUCGACCAAGCUCCAUAUUAAUCAAUGUUCUCCAUAUUAGAGCGUUAAUUCGUUCUGAUAGAGUUAUUUUGUUCAACCAAGGCCCUUCUAAUUCUCACACAAAUACCAUGUUUCUCAACGAUUUGGCUGCCAAGUUGAAAACUCCCACUAAAGAGGCCGGCAUACCCUAUGAAAUAAGAGCAUUGGAAGCAAUCUUCAUAUCAGUAGUUUCCAAUUUGCAAAGUGAGAUGAAAGUGAACACCAUGGUUAUCAAGGGAAUUUUAAAGGAGCUGGAAGAUCACAUUGACAGGAUAAAACUGAGAUAUCUACUAGUACAAUCAAAGAAACUGAAGCAGUUCCAUCAAAAGGCGGCUCUUAUAAGAAACCUCCUGGAGGAGUUGUUAGAACAAGACGACGAGCUGGCAGCAUUAUAUCUAUCAGAGAAAAGAAGCUUUCAUGAUCAUCAGGAGGUCGAAAUGCUUCUAGAAAGUUAUCUGGCCCACUGUGAUGAAAUUGUCCAGAGAGUUGAGACUUACCUAAGCAACGUAAGAACUACCGAGGAGAUCAUCAACAUUAUUUUGGAUUCUAAUCGAAAUCAGUUGAUGUUACUAGGUCUGCGGUUUUCCAUUGGUCUUUUAAGUUUCGGAGGUUUGAUUUUUGUGGCGUCUCUUUACGGUAUGAACUUGGAAAACUUUGUAGAAGAGAGCGAUUACUGGUUUUGGAUCAUAGUCGGAGGAUCAACUACAUUAUGCAUUUUAGUCUUUGCCAAGGGUGUUAAGGCUCUCAGUAAGUUGGAAAGGGUGAGCAUGUUGGGAGAUGAUUUGAAACCCUUGACUCAAGUCCGUCGAUCCCGCAAUAACUGA